CUCGCAAUUAAUGUACUGACAAGUGCUACACUUUUCUACUAUUCACCCGAUGCCAAACAAAUUGUGCCGAACUGGGCUUUCUUGGUGUGUGGGAUCGGCUUAUUUGUGUACCAAUUAAUGGAUGCAUUGGAUGGCAAACAAGCGGUCAAAGUGCAGGACACACCUAUCGAGGAGGUCUACGAUCACGGAUGUGAUGCCAUCUCAGCUUUUCUGGUGACCCAAUCGGCCACAAUAGCGGCCCGACUCGGGGACAGCCCUCUCAUGCAAUUCAUCUUCUUUUUGGUCCCAUUAAUAGCCUUUUAUAUGACUCACUAUAGCUGUCACAUCACACAUGUUAUGGUGUUUGGACGGAUUAUAUUGGGCGCCGACACCCCAAUGGACAGGUAUAUAAGGAUACCCCGGAAGAGCGAUAAUAGCAAAUGGAAUCCAAUUGUUUCGUUCAGUGUUUUGAUUGCUUUCUCUAUAAUUGGAUUCGAGAGACAAAUGAUGAAUGUUACACAUGGAGUGAUGCCUAAAGUGGACACAUGCAUAAUGGGACCCAUAUUUCUGAUUAUCAAUUCAUACAUUCAGAUACUGCCUGUGAAUGUGUGCCUAAUAUUAGGCGUUUUGGUGGCUCUUUCAGAC